AUGUUUGGCGUUGUGAAUCAUGAUGUCUUUCGCUGGCCCGGUAUCGUCAACGGGACGGAGAAAAACCUUCUGGGUCUUUUCAUCGUCACCCUCAUGUUACCGGGGAUCCCGUGCUUGGCUUGGGGCGAAGAGCAAGCGAACUAUGUUCUGGAAAGUACUGCAGCGAACUACGUGUUCGGCCGAGCUCCAAUAACGUCCUCGCUGGCAUGGCAGUUGCACGGAUGUUACAAAGUUGGGUCAGUCAAAUAUGCCAACUUCCCUGUCGAUGCUGCAUUGUACGGGUGUGAGGACGACAAUAUCAGUCUUGAUCACCGUGAUCCUUCGCACCCCAUGCGAAACAUCAUCAAACGCAUGUUUGAGAUGCGCGAGUCGUAUCCAGUGUUGAACGACGGGUACUAUCUCCAACAGCUUUCGAACCAUACCCACAACAUCUACCUACCGGGCAGCAACGGAACACCUACCGAGACUGGCAUGUGGUCUGUCCUUCGAUCUUCCUGGUCCGGGGUGCAGAAUCUGACCGAAACUGCCGAAGGCGACCAAAGCGUGUGGCUACUGUACUCGAAUGACAAUCGUACAGUGGAGCACCAUUUCGAUUGCAGCAAAAAUGACAGCCUUGUAUCACCCUUUGUCAAAGGUACCACCGUGAGAAACCUCUUUGCACCCUACGAAGAAUAUACGCUGGAGGCAGGACCUUUCACGUUGGGAUUCGAUGGCUCAACUAAGCCAAAUGGAUGCUUGACAAAGAUUGCAAUGGACGCUUGGGGCUACAAGGCUCUGGUGCCAACGAAAAAGUUCAUCAAACCUCGGCCGGUCUUGACAGAAUUCUUUCCAGGGCACGACUACCGCUUGUGGUCUGCGGUUGACAAUGGAGACACAGUGCAUGUGUCGUUUGGGUUCUCUGUCGGGAUGGACUGCGAUUCCAUAUCGCAGAGUAUACGGAUCACCUCGACGACCACCCACUCAAGUGAUGCCGCACUCGAUCUCGACAGCGUCGUUUGCUCAACUACCAACACUACGACGCGAUGGGUUGGAGAAGCCGCUACUGCCUUCACCUACGAUGUUGACCUGCACAACGUGCAUCACGGCAUUCACCAGAUCUCCAUCAACAACGCCUCCAGCAGUGACGGGGAUUCCACUGGCGCGGCGGACAGUGUGUUGUUCCGAGUAGGCGACUUCGACAAUCCGAUGAUCUUCCCCCACACUGCGAACUACAGCAGGUCUCUGCUCUCCAAAAAAUCUGACGGGAGUCUCUACGUGUCGCACAACGCUGCAGGAGCAGAUCUUUGGCGUUACUCGCUGAACUUCGGCACGUCUUACAGCGACUGGAAUACGUACUCCGAGGGAGACAGCAAAUUGGCCCCUCGAGUGUGGUCUGGCACCUCGGCCCAGGCAUGGGAUGGGGAACAUGUUAUCGUUCAGUACUGGAGUCGCAAGGCUGGCUCGAGUGCCCAUUAUCAACACGGAGAUCUCGAUUGGAGUCGACCGAGAACCUUUCCCAAUCUUUGGAUCGAUGGACCCUUCAACCAGUUUGGAUACGAUGCUGGGCUCCAGAACCAGAUGGAGCUUGGUGCAAACUCGACCUGGAGUAUAGAUGUCCUGCUGGAAUGGCCCGCUCAGAUUCUUGUCAAUGCCUGGGGUAUCAAUCCGGAUGGCCAGCCCGACCGUACCCGGGUGUAUGGGGAUCUGGACGGUGAUCACGUCCUCGAUAGAGUGCCGCCUCAGUCGUUGGUGACGAACAUGGUCAACCUCACCGACCCUCCUCCGUCGCCCUCCCUUGCUUACAAGUUCGAGCUCAACGACAGUGACCUUCGCUACGUCGCAGUCCCCACGGGUUCCAGAUGGAUUCAGCUCGUGCUCUAUUUCCUCCUUGGCUUGAUCCCUCUGGCUACUGCCGCUGGUGCAACAUGGACUUAUCUGGGCUCAUUCUACGCGGUCAAGUUCAACGAAUUCGGAGUGAAUGAAAAGAAAGCGAGACUGUCGUCCAUUUUCAGCAGGAAGCGCACUCGAUUCCAAUCUGUCGAAGGAGGGACCUCCGGGGACGGGCUCGUCGAGAAGGCCGAACGCUGGGUGAAUCGGGGUUCAGAGCUAUUCCAAACACGCAAGCAUCAUCAGCCAAGUGGAUCGGAUACAGCAGAAGGCAACGCCGCAACUGUUUUUGGUGCUACUGUCAGGCGACCUAUGGUUACCGUGGAAAUGACACCACCAACUCGGCGUAAUGUGCUCAUCGCCACCAUGGAAUACGACAUUGAGGACUGGGGCAUCAAGAUCAAGAUCGGCGGCCUAGGUGUCAUGGCGCAGCUCAUGGGGAAACAUCUGACCCACCACAACCUCCUGUGGGUCGUGCCGUGCGUAGGGGAGGUCGACUACCCUGAACCCCAAGAAGACGAGCUCGCGGAACCAAUACAGAUCACGAUUCUGGGGAAUUCCUAUCAUGUACGGGUGCAGACACACGUAUUGCGCAACAUCACCUUUAUCCUACUGGAUGCACCAGUCUUUCGCAAGCAGACAAAGGCCGAACCCUACCCGCCUCGAAUGGACGACAUCGAGUCAGCCAUCUACUACUCAGCCUGGAACCAAUGCAUCGCCGAAUCCAUUAAGAGGUAUCGACCGGACAUCUAUCAUAUCAACGAUUACCAUGGCGCCGCCGCUCCGUUGUAUCUUCUCCCAGAUACCUUACCCUGUGCGCUAUCGCUGCACAAUGCAGAAUUCCAAGGGCUCUGGCCAAUGCGAACCGGGAAAGAACGAGAUGAGGUCUGCAAGGUGUACAAUCUUAGUCCCGAAGUCGUACGGGAGUAUGUGCAAUUCGGCGAAGUCUUCAACCUUUUGCACGCGGGCGCGAGUUACCUUCGUGAGCAUCAGAACGGCUUUGGCGCGGUCGGAGUGUCGACGAAGUACGGAAAGCGUUCCUACGCACGCUAUCCCAUCUUCUGGCGUUUGUCCCGCAUUGGCGCCCUUCCGAACCCUGAUCCGAGCGACAUUGCAGCGUGGGCUCAGGGUGACGCUACAGCCCUGGCCGAGGAAGCUACUGUCGACCCUGAGUACGAGGCCGGCCGGGCGGCCACAAGAGAGGAGGCACAGAGAUGGGCCGGUCUCGAUGUGGACGGUUCUGCUGAACUGUUCGUUUUUGUCGGCCGCUGGUCCAUGCAAAAGGGUGUAGACCUCAUCGCCGAUGUGUUUCCGGCCAUUCUCGAGAAGCACCCCAAGACGCAGUUGAUAUGUGUCGGACCAGUCAUCGACCUUUACGGCAAGUUUGCCGCCAUCAAGCUUGAAAGGAUGAUGAAAAAGUAUCCGGGCAGGGUGUACUCGAACCCCAAAUUCACCGCUCUCCCACCUUGUGUGUUCUCCGGGGCCGAGUUCGCCCUGAUACCUUCACGAGAUGAGCCGUUUGGACUGGUGGCUGUGGAGUUCGGGCGUAAAGGUGCCAUUGGGGUUGGUGCAAGAGUAGGUGGGUUGGGCCAGAUGCCUGGCUGGUGGUACACCAUUGAGAGUACCAGCAGUGCCCAUCUUCUCCAGCAGUUCAAGGGAGCCAUCGACAACGCCUUGGCUUCAAAGGUUGAAACACGCGCGAUUCUCCGAGCGAGAAGCAGUCGUCAGCGCUUCCCGGUGGCGCAAUGGGUCCAAGACCUGGAAACGUUGCAGAGCACCGCGAUCAAGCGACAUCAGAAGCAUGCGAAGAAGCCGAAGCAGACGCGUAAGAGGUUGAGCAAGCAUGUGUCUGCUCCUGCAGGAGCACAACCGGUCGGCCUGGGAAUAGAGGAUGGCCCCAGCAGCGAAGUUCAGCCGUCCGGAACCACGACACCAUCCUAUGGGGCUCACCAAACCGUUCGGAGCAGUUUUUCACCUCGGGACGGGUUCAACGGCGCGGAGACUCCCACGGUUUCCGCCAGGCACGCGACUCCGAUCUCGUCGCCCGCUUCAACCAGGCCCAAUACUCCACCACUGCCCGACUGGAGCGCCUUCCUACCUCUGAGCGCGGGGACUCGAUUCGGCCCUGGUGCUCAAACGGGCCCGGACGUGGCCGAUGAAGAUACCGAUACCGAUAGCAUUGGCGAGGCUCUUCAGUACUUUCCAGGCAACGACUUCAUUGGCAGAGCUUUCGGAGGUGAGGAAGACUACAUUGACGGGCAGGGUCGUCUGUCGGUCUUAUCAGACAGCCCCGAAGGGAUGGAACUCCGAGAUCACUUCCACGAUGGCAUCGAGCUCAGUCGCCCAUCAACACCUGGGAUCCUUGCGUCUCGGCCUCCGUCCGUGCGGAGCACUUUGAUGCCUUCAGACAAUGCACCGACCACUGCGUCUCCCUCACGGCCUUCUUCCAGCUACCAGCCCAUCACCAGGUCUGGCCAUGCGAGCGGAGAUUCAACACCCCGAGAUAUGCACAACCCAGCUCCGCACAGUCCAGCCCUGCUCCGCCCUCCCAUGCUCAGUAACGACCUGGUGGUGGGAGAGAAGAAGGAUUUCCGCCUGCAGAAGGUUGACCCGUUUUUCACAGACCCCAGGCAGGACUACGAGACAGCUUUUGCGCGGCAACUACAAGAUCUCGAUGGGCGAAACACGUACGACACAACGAUCGAAAAGUUCAUCACGAAGAGUGAAAAGGACUGGUUCAACCGUCUCCGUGGUGCCAAAAUGGGCAAAACGAGCACACCGGUCGGAUCCAUCUUCAGGGACAAGACUGGCCCCGGUGUGACGGUAUCGCCACUCGUGCAUGACCCUACCGACGACGCAGACGACUCCGAUGAAGAAACAGGGCAGCAGUUUUUGCUCCCAGACGACUACAAGCCGCCGACUGGGAUAAGAAAACUUGCGUUGCGUCGGUUGGGAGACUGGCCGCUGUACUCGCUGCUCCUGGCAUUGGGACAAGUGAUUUCCGCCAACUCAUAUCAAAUUACACUCUUGACGGGCCAGGUGGGAGAAACCGCGACAAAGCUUUACAUCAUAGCAACCAUCUACCUGGUCACGUCGGCGGCAUGGUGGGCCGUCUACAGAACACUCAAGUCGAUCUGGGUCCUCUCGCUUCCCUUUGUCUUUUUUGGGCUCGCCUUCUUCCUGAUCGGCAUGGCACCGUUUGUGAAUGGAAUCCAAGGCAAGAACUGGAUUCAACAAGUCGCCGCCGGACUCUAUGCCGCGGCGUCGUCUAGCGGAUCGUUGUUCUUCGCGCUCAACUUCGGAGACCAAGGCGGAGCCCCGGUGAGAUCGUGGGUCUUCCGUGCUUCAAUCAUACAAGGCACUCAGCAAUUAUACAUAUCCUUCCUGUGGUGCUGGGGCGCCUCGCAAGCCAAGUUGAACGACGCCGGCGCAAACACAAGUCUUGUGGUCUCCAGUCCCGCUCUUACCACCACUCUUGGCGUCCUUAUCGCUGUCCUCAUGUGGAGCAUAGGGCUCACGCUAUUCUUUGGACUGCCAGAGUACUAUCGACAGAAGCCAGGCUACGUACCAGGGUUUCUGUCCGGCGUCUUCCGUCGCAAGAUCGUGCUGUGGUUCUUCAUCAUGGUGGUCAUGCAGAAUUUCUUCCUCUCGGCACCCUACGGCCGCAACUGGCUGUACCUUUGGUCUUCACAGCACCUACCCAUCUGGAGCGUGGCUCUUCUCGUCCUACUGUUCUUUGUGGUCGUCUGGGCUGGCGUGCUCCACUAUGCCGCGGUUCUCAGCAAGCGCCACUCAUGGCUCAUGUCCAUCUUCGCAAUGGGUCUCGGCGCGCCUCGCUGGUGCCAGAUGCUCUGGGGUGUCUCGGGCGUCGGUUUAUACGUCCCCUGGGCGGGUGGGGCAAUCGGAUCCGCCAUCGCCGGUCGCUCGCUCUGGCUCUGGCUCGGGGUGAUGGAUUCGCUGCAGAAUGUCGGCUUCGGCAUGAUCAUGCUGCACACCUUGACGAGGUUCCACAUCUCCUUUGUGCUUAUUCUAGCACAGGCCCUGGGCUCAAUAGUGACGAUGGCCGCGAGAGGGUUUGCACCGGACAAUCUUGGUCCGGGUCCAGUGUUCCCUAACCUCGCGCUCAAUAUUCUGGAUGGCCUGGGGAACGCCUGGUUUUGGGUGGCGCUGUUUUGCCAACUGUUGGUCAAUGUCUUGGGCUUCAAGUUUUUCCGAAAGGAGCAGUUGUCGAAGCCAUAA